AUGCUGGAUCCGUCCCAGGCGAAUGCGCUGGUGUACUCGACGUUAUGUGGCUUCAUGUUGAUCGGUCUUUGGGCCGGUUACAACACGAAGAACAAGCGCGAGUUUAUUAGCGGUGUCCGCACGCAGUCUGCUUGGGUGGUGACCAAGAGCAUGCUAACCGCAGAUAUGUCUUCCUCGCUCCUGCAGUCGUAUCCCCAGCUGGCGCUGAUCCCGGAUGCGGGCCUGCUGGGUCUCGGAGCGUACGCGUUCGCGACGAUCGCGCCAGUGUGGGCAUUUGGGUACUUUGGACCGCUCAUCCGCCGCGUGUGUCCCGACGGAUUUACGCUCUCGGAGUACAUUCGCCGCCGCUACGGCUGGCCGAUCGGUGUGUUUAGCGCGCUCGUGUUUAUCGGGUUCAUGUUUUGCUUCAUGAUCGUCGAGCUCAACACGUAUGGCUCGAUUCUCGCGACGCUGCAGCCAAACAUUCCGCACAUCAACAUUAUCGGGCCGCUGAUUAUUGCAAUUACCACGACGAUUUACACGGCCUAUGGUGGUUUCAAGGCGUCGCUGUGGACUGACAACUUUAACGCGGUCUGCGUCAUUGUCCUGAUUAUCAUCGCCGGUGUCAUGUUUGGAACGCGUCUUCCGAUCGACCAUGCCAAGGUCGAGGAAAGUGGGUUGUUACACGCGCAAAAGCUCGGUGGCGAACUGUGGUACAUUCUCCCUGUCUCGAUUACCUUUGCGCAGAUGUUUAACCAGGGCUUUUGGCAGCGUGCGUUUGCGUCCAAGAACAACAAGAGUUUGUACUUGUCUGUGGCGCUUGCGAGCCUUCCGCUCUUUGCGAUCUGCUUCCUGGUCGGCAUGGCGGGUCCGCUCGCGCAGUGGGCGGGUGUCCAGUACGCCCCGUACAUGAACCCCGACGAUGACACGGACGAUGGCUCGAACGCGCUCUUCAAGGCGCUGAGAGUGAUGCCAAACUGGGUCAAUGGCAUCGUCCUUGUCCUGGCCGGCGUCCUUUCGUCGAGUGCGUACGAUACCUUCCAGUCGGCGCAGAUCAGUGUGAUUGAGAGCGACUUUUUCCUCGGCCGCCUCAACAUUUGGUGGUGCCGUCUGAUCCUGAUCUGCCUCAACGUGCCUUGCGUUGCGCUGGCCUCGAUCAACAUCGACAUCCUCGAGGUAUUUAUUGUGGCCGACCUUGCGGCGCUUGCGAUCGUGCCGGUGGCAUUCCUCGGCCUGAUUCCUGCGCUCUACUUUUUCCACGGCUUUGACGUCGUGGUCGGUGGCUGUGGCGGUUUCCUGACCGUGUUUGUCUUUGGCACCAUCUUCUACCGUGAUGCAAAGCAGGGCGGUGCGCUGAUCGGCAUGCCAGACGGCCUGUACGUCAGCGACUAUAGUGUGCUUGGCGCAUUCUUUGCCGCGCCGCUCGGUGGUCUCGGCUUUGGUCUUGCGUCGUGCGCACUGCGUCUCGGUGCACUGUACCUCUUCUCCAAGAUGACCGGACGUCCGUUUACGGCACUCGACCGCAAGCAUAUCGACGCCAACGACUGCGUGCUCCCCGAGGACCGCCCUGCGGCGUUCUUUGGGCUGCACGGCACCGGCAACCCCGAAGACGGCCGCCGCCUCGACGACAGGGCGCCGGACCUCAAGGCGAACACGGCCGAAUUCCACACGCCGCUGCAUGCGUCGGGCCGCCGCAACUGGCUUGGCUUCCGCCGCGGUUCGUCCGACACGCACGUCGAGGCAGACACCAAGAGCCUCGAGGCGCGCGAAGACGAACGUGGCUUUGAGCACGAGCACGAGCGUGGCUUUGAGCACGAGCACGAGCGUGGCUUUGAGCACGAGCACGAGCACGGUUUUGAGAACGAGCAUGAUCUCGAGCAGCCGCAGGAGCAUGCAUGGGCUUCGCAAGACGCCCAUGCGUGGCCUUCGCAGGAGCACGCAUGGCCCUCGCACGACGCAAACACAGACGUGCAGCCGUGGGCCGACUCGCACCUCGAGACGCCGAACACGCACGCAUCGCACCUGCGCGCCGCGCCGCCGCUGAGCGCCGCGCAGGCCCCGGGCACGGGAACACAAAUUCUUUAG